GCUGAAGAACAUUCAGACGGCGCUCCAGUGCUCUGAAGUCCUACAGGCAGGCCUCGCCAACAUCUUCCAGGGUCCCAUGAUGGAUGCACUGAAGGUUGCUGUGAAGGCCCCUGUGCGAGUUGGGCUGUCCCUCUUUGGCACUGCCAUUGACAUCGUGUCCAGCGUCAUCCAGGACGAUCCUUCCAGGGUGCCACAACUGAUAGAGACGAAUGUUCUGCCCGAAGUGAUGGGUGCUCUGAGCAAGGAGACGAUGCGCAGCACUGAGUGCCUGUCCUUCGUGCCUGGCAUUCUGGCCUCCAUUGCUUUGCACGCCGUCAUGCGCCCAACUGUCAGAAAUGUGAAAACUCAGGCUACAGGUUCGUCACCCGUCUUGCAUCUCUCUGCCAUGGCGUUCUGCCUCCUCUAUUCAGACUGGAUCUGUAGGUCUAGAGAGCUGGCGCCUGUUUUCGCCAUGAAGCUCUUCAUCCUAUGUGCUAGACUUGAGUGGUGGUUCAGGUGGGGGAAGACUUCAUCCUGGGACUUGCGUCAAGGCUGCCGCUUUCAGAGUGUUUUGCUCUGGGAUGGGCUUUUUAUGAGCAAAUCGUCAGCCAAAGCCAACUAA